AUGCUCAGACGUUCAAUUACCUCCAUUGCCCGUUCAACUGCUUUCAAGUCAAACUACGGAGUUGCUACCUACGCAACAUCGGCUGCUCAAGGUGCUGCUUUGGAUGAAAGCGUUAGAAAGGUAUUGAAGCCUGAAGUUUUGAAGGUCAUUGAAGCCAAGACUGACUCUCUCCUGAUUAAAAAAUUGAACUUCCUUGGCAGAUACUUUGUCUGUCGUUUGAAUGUGGCCAGCAAGUUGAUCUUGAACUCUCUUUCUCAAGAAAACUGCUUCCGUAUCAUUGUCAAUGAAUUGGAUGAUCCAUGGGAAUAUUACUGGAAGCAAGUCAGAAAGAACGGAAAGGACGCAAACAAAUGGUUGGAAUCUUUGAGAGAAGUCAGAGAUUUGCCAUUGAUUGCUGAUCGUUGUUGGAGAAACAUGUUGCUCUCUGGUGUUUAUCCAACCACUGAGCACUACAACACAUAUCUUGACGUUUUGGCCAACACAAAUGACAACUUUUAUCUUCAUGAUACCUUUGAUGAUUUGAAGAGAAGAAAUCCAUAUCAAAAGCCUGAUGCUGGUUCUUUCAACACAAUGUUGGACAAUUAUAUUAGACACCAAGACGGUCAAAGAGCUCUUGUACAAGUUGAGUACAUGAAGUCAAAGAAUAUUGCUGUUGAUGCUUCUUUGGAAGGUAAGCUCAAGGAACUUCUUGCUGCUUACGACCCAGAGAAGGGUGCCGCUUGGGCUUUGGACAAGGGUGGUGAAAAGCCAGAAUUUGAAGUCAAGAAGGAACAAGCAGGUGAAAAGAACCAACAAAAGAUCUUUGAUAACUUGGAAAGAUAUAUUCAACCAGAUUUCUCCAAGUUGGUCGUCCAAGAGUAA